AUGGCCUUCUUCCACAACAACUUUUUCCAUCAAGGCCCCUCCUUCACUCCCCUUAUCCGCUUCGUCCACGAGUUGGACCAAUACUCUCGCCAGUCCUACCCCCAGGCGGACCGCCGCUGCUCAUUACCGCGAUGGGAGCCGAGGUUUGAUGCCCUUGAGAUGUCAGAUGCUUACAAGCUCCACGGCGAGCUCCCGGGAGUGAGCAAAGAGAAUGUCACUAUCGAAUUCUCCAAGCCUCAGACCUUGGUCGUUCGAGGUAGGAGGGAGAAGAGCUACACCGCUGGCACACCCCCCACUGGGCAGGCCGAAGACACUGUCAUGAGUGGUGCCAUCCCCGAUGCCGAGCAGCAGCAGCCCAAGAGCACAAGACAAGCCACUGUCGAAGAUGAGGUCGACGAAGGGUGGACCGACGCAUCACACUCUCGUCCCGGGACCCCGGACACUACGACGGCUGAAGUCGCCAAGGAGCCUGAGCCAGAGACGGAGAAGCCUGCUGAGACAGCGAAGUACUGGUUGGCGGAGCGCAGUUUCGGAGUGUUCUCCCGCAGCUUCAACUUCGGAGACCGUAUCGAUCCGGAUGGUGUGAAGGCCAGCUUCAAUGACGGCGUUCUUACGAUUGUCGUGCCUAAGGCUAAGACUCACGAAUCUCGCCGCAUCGCCAUCAACUAA